CUACAAUUGCGUUUGCCAUUUUUGCUGCAACACCACACUGUUAUCUGUGUCUUCAAGAGCCAAGCCAUGCAUCCCUUUGUCCUGUAGAUUUGUAUUGGGCUUAGGGUUUAAAUUCAGCAUUCUGCAUUUUCCCUCUGUUAAAUCCCCCUUGUUCCUUCCUUCUGACCCAGUUUUCCACUUCUUUCAAGGUUAUCUUUCAUUUUGUUCCUGCUUUCUGAGGCAUUCAUUUUCCCUUCCAGUUUGGUAGACAAAAUCUACCAGGAUUGCAAAGUACAAUUACAUGCCAAAUCCACAAAAAUAUUUCCUCAAAACCCUUUUUUUGUCGGCUGGGUUGGCCCUCCAGAGCUUGCGGUUCCCAUCAAAUGAUUGAGGGAUCAUGAGAGCUGCAGUCCAGGGACACAAACUGUCCAUCCUACAUAGUGUUUUGGACUGCAACCCCUAGUUGGUAGGAUAGUUGAAGGUUAUUUUGGGAACAUGAGUCUAAAACGGUAACUUCCGUGAGCUUUAAGUCAUUGGAAAGAGUGACAACCAAAUGAUUUCGCCUCCAUUUUCUGAAUCGGUCUCAUCUGCUCAAGCUGGGUCACUUUCCUUCAAUAAUAUUUUACUAGUAUGAGAACUGGUCCUGGCACACUGUCCAUGUUCAGAGGCACUGUUGCCUUGGGGUGCUUUAUGAGGGCCAGCCUUCUGCUAUCCUGUAUUAAAAGACCCAUUGCUUUGAAGAAAAGCUGGCAUCCAUCCUGUGGCUUCUUGCUCAGGCACUGCAGGAUAUAACUGGGGCAGCCAUUUUCCUCCUCCUCCUCCUCCGCAAAACACAGCGGCCAAAAUGCCUCCCUUGCUAUUCUUAGCUAUAGAUGACCAACCAAAAGGAUCUUUCUCUUUGGAGGUUUCCUUCCAACAAAGAACAAAACACAACAUGGAUUUAUUUUUUUAUUUUUUUUUAGUGUUUAUGUAUUUCAAUGCUUUCCAAGGAGUUUGAAUAGACACGCUUCUCCUUGCAUGUUAAAAAACUAGCUUCUGGCAAAGAAGCCAACUAAGCCUUACCCCUGAGAGGCUAUUUUUCUAUGCACUUAAGUCGUUGUGAAUAAUUUCACACAAAUAACAAGUACUGUGGGACUGAAACUUCAAGCUAGCAUUGCAAAUGGCUCCGAGCGGAGGAUGGACUACUCCUACGACGAGGACCUGGACGAGCUCUGCCCCGUCUGCGGGGACAAGGUCUCUGGCUACCACUAUGGGCUCCUCACCUGCGAAAGUUGCAAGGGUUUCUUCAAGAGGACGGUGCAGAAUAACAAGCACUACACAUGUACGGAGAGCCAGAACUGCAAGAUUGACAAGACGCAGCGCAAGAGGUGCCCCUACUGCCGUUUCCAGAAGUGCCUGGCUGUGGGAAUGAGGCUGGAAGCUGUCCGCGCAGACCGCAUGCGAGGUGGGCGCAACAAGUUUGGCCCCAUGUACAAGCGUGACCGGGCCCUGAAGCAGCAGAAGAAGGCCCUGAUCCGUGCCAACGGCUUCAAACUGGAGACCACGGUGGUGGCACCCCCGCCUCCACCCCUGCCACCUCCCGUCGUCUCUCCUGUCCAGGCAGCAGACUACAGUGGCCUCCCAGCCUCCCUCCACGGCCUGGCUCACCACCACCACCACCACCAUCACCACCACCAUCAUCCUGGGGUGGUGUCAGCAUCCAAAGGGCCUCCACCACCUCCACUCAGCAGCAGUGCCUCUGCCAUGACACCUGUCGACUAUGAGCGCAGCCCCUAUGGAACGCCCGCGCUGGCCAUGCCAGGCUUCCCCUACCCUCCACCCUUCGCCAGCCGGGCCAUCAAGUCUGAGUUCCCGGACCCAUACGCAGCACAUCCCCAUGAGGCGGCGGCACCGGCUUACCCCUAUCCCGAGGCCUACCCAGGGGGUGGCAGUCACGGAGGUGGUGGGUCUCCAGGUGCUGCCACAGCCCCAGAUGUGCCUGAGGUGAUACUGAAGCUGCUGCAGCUGGAGCCUGAUGAAGCACAGGUCAAGGGCCGCAUUCUGGCCUGCCUCCAACAGGAGCAGGGCAAGAGCCGCCAUGAGAAACUCAGCGCCUUUGGGCUGAUGUGCAGGAUGGCCGACCAGACCCUCUUUGCCAUUGUGGAGUGGGCACGAAGCUGUAUUUUCUUCAAAGAAUUGGAGGUGGGAGACCAGAUGAAGUUACUGCAGAACUGCUGGAGCGAGCUACUGGUUUUUGACCACAUCUUCCGCCAAGUGCAGUAUGGGAAAGAGCACAGCAUGGUGCUGGUGACAGGCCAGGAGGUGGACUUGUCAACGGUGGCCACGCAGGCAGGCUCCAUCCUGCACAACCUCGUGCUGCGAGCUCAGGAGCUGGUGCUUCACUUGCAUUCCCUCCAAGUGGACAAGCAGGAGUUUGUCUGUCUAAAGUUCCUUAUCCUCUUCAGCCUUGAUGUGAAAUACGUGGAGAAUUCGAGCCUGGUGAAAGAGGCGCAGGAGAAAGCCAAUGCGGCACUGCUGGAGUACACGGUCUGCCACUACCCGCAUGCCACGGACAAAUUCCGGCAGCUCCUGCUCCGGCUGGCCGACAUCCGGGCCCUCAGCAUGCAGGCCGAGGAAUAUUUAUACCACAAGCACUUGAGCGGAGAAGUCCCGUGCAACAACCUGCUGAUCGAAAUGCUCCACGCCAAGCGGACUUGAGAAUACGGCUGGGGCAAAGCGGCGGGCAAUCUUCUCCUCCUGGGAAAGAGAGACUGGUGCAUGGAGAUGCCGGCAACGCAGGCGGGAGAGAAGGCCAGGCCAGGGGGCGGGCAGGGCAGGGGUGAGGGCAUCCUUGCCCCUUCCCUGACAGGCGUUCUCUCCCAGUAGUCCUGUUUUAAUCCGUGCCCUUGAAAAGCACCAGGCUGUCCCUGGGGGCACAUAUGUGUGUGUAUGUUGACAACAACUCUACUGAGCGUCGCUCUUCUGCGUUCGCUGAUUUCAGCUCUCAGCUUCUGCCUUCCCUCUCUUCUCUCUCCUGCUGUCAAGAGAUGGGAAAAGGUUUUUAGGGGGGAUUUGCUUUGUUCCCCCCGCUCUAUAUCUGAAAUAGUGAGGCUAGACCACAUGGGGCUGCCCUUGGAGACUGUUCUGGGAGGGCCUGGUUUGCACUGAGGGUGGCUGGGGUGUCCUCAGCAGGUAAGCAAGAGGGGAGAUGGAAAAGGGACUCAGCAGAAAUGAACCCUGUCCCCAAAAUGUCCCUCUGCAGUUGGUUGGACUACAACUCCCAAAAUCCGGUAGCCACCUGUGGCCUCUUACAGCUGGGAAAUGAGCCAGUAAGGGUUGUUUCCACCCCACCCCAAGUUUGUUUUCUUUCUAACUUUCUCUAUUAGUCAUUUCAUUCCCCUUUCUCUUUUAUUUUUAAUCUCUUCUGAAGUACAUUGAGUUCCCCAAGACUUUGUUCUCUAUUGUUACUUUCACAAGCUUAUUAUUGUAUCGUUAAAAAUGUGUGUCUUCUGUCUAGCAGAUGCUGCACAAAUUUUUAUUCUGCCAGCUCUUCUCCUCCCAAAACAUGCCAAGAAAAAGAUUGCCCUGGACUGGUUCCUCCCUUCCUACCUCCAGUCCUUGUUUCAGAACCUGGUCUCAGAUUGUUCAUCUCUUCUCCUGAAAUCCCUUCUACCCAACCAUGUAAGAGACCUGUUCACUUGGCAACCCCAGGUUGAUGGGAGUUGUAGUCCAGCACACUGUGAGGAUGUUGGUUUCAGACAGACUGACCAUCCCACACCAGUGGUUCUCCAAACCUUUAAUUCUGUGGGAUAGUUUGGAUUUCAGUGCGCAGAAGCCCGUGUUAGAAUGGAAAGGGAUUCUGGAGUUUGAAAUCCAAAACAGGGUUCAGAGAUCAUAGCGAUUCACAGGAUGGAGCCAUGAUGGUUAAGAGGGUGUCAAACUGUUGUAAUGUGUAGUGCAGAUACACUCAGAAGUCUGGUUGAACACGUUCAUGUUUUACACUCAUCUUGAAAGGACAAAGCAGGAAUAAAACACUUGUCACGGGUGAAACACAUAGGGGUCCCCCCAAAAAACCACUUUUUGAAGGAUUCCAGAUUCUGGUUUUGACCCCGUGCCCUAACACCCCCCUCUCCCCAUAUGUAUAUAUUACAGAAUUGUUUCCCAUAGCUUAGCCUGGGCCUUCCCAUUGCUCCACUUUGGGUUUGGAAGUGGAAAGGAGUGGGGCAGGUUUUUUGGGGGUGCUGCACCCGACCCGGGCACCGGCGCCAUGUGCCUUCCCCUCACCCCAGCCCUUUGCAAUGCCUCAAUGAUGCCCCCCACUCCCAAGAUGCUUUGCAGAUGCUGCUGUGUGGUUGUGUCUGUUGUAUUUUGAUGAGAUAGUCAUGCCUAUUUUUAUUUUCUUCCUCCUGCUCCUCCAAUCCCAGAUGGGAUGGAUGGGCUGUUUUGUUUGUGUGUGUGUGCGCACGCGUACAUGUGUGCAUCAUAGUUUGAAAGCAGUGGUGUGUGUGGUUUGAAAGCAGCAACCUCUGUGUGCCUGUUUUGUCUCUCUUACCUCCUUUUCUCCCCUUUUUGAAAAAUGAAAAAGUGUCCUUAAGUGUCUCUCCUCUUCUCCUCCACCUUCCUUUCUCACCUGCUUCAGAAAUCCUUCUGAGGCAGGUAGGUUUGUGUGUGUCUGUGUGUGUCUGUAAGAUACAACUACCUUGCCAAAUGAAGACAUUCCAAUAAAUUUUUUUUUUUUUUGCAAUUCACUUACAGUCAAACUAUUUUUCUAGGUGUGUGAGAAAGCUAAUAUUAUCAGUGGUUUUCUGUCCCACAGUCAUAAAUGUUUAAAUUUUCAUGGUGCCUCUCGUAUGGUGUUUGUAGCUGUCCGUUAUGACUAAGAAUAGAAUUUGGAAAAGUUAGUUUUGGAGGACUGCAGCUCCCCACAUCCCCAACUGACCUGGCUGUCAUGGUUGCUGUCUUAUACAGCAUCGGAAAAGGAAUAAAACAUGGAGUAGAGAAGAAAGGGUAUACAGACAACUUUCCAGACAGUUGGAGAGGAUUCCAGAGACGAAUAAGUCACUCAGGAGCCCACAGUAGAAGUGAAAGGAAAUGGAGAAAGCAUUUGAUGAGACAGAAAAGAAUUUGAUAUUUGUUAGCUACGCUGAGCCCUCUCUGUUUAUUUUAUUUCCUUUUCAUUGUGGAAAGCAGGGUAAAAAUCGAAUCUACAGAUCGGUAAAUAGGUGCCCAGCUGUGGAGAUGAGAAGGCACAUGUUGCUAUGCGUGGCUUAGCAACAUGCAAGGUGUAUUCAAAGUGGAUAAUGAAAUUAUCGCAAGGGAAACAAUGAAGAGACACUCAAAGAG